CCGACUGGAACUCCCCCAAACACCAAAAAAACUGUAAUGGUUGCACAGAUUGAGUCUAGAUUUCGGAUGUUGUGUUUCAUUACAUCGUAAAGGUCAGUUUCUCUAUUUUUAAAAUCAAUAAAGUAUUUGAGCUUCAAAUGAGUUAAAUGACAGGUUGAAAUAAGAAUAUUUCUGCUACUUCCGUAUUAUGAAAUCUUGAAAAAAAUUAUCUAAAUAUGUUCUCUCAAACAGAUAUGGAAGAUGGGAAAGGCCGAAUGCAAAUUAAACCAACAAAAAUAAAAUGCAUCUCAUUAUCAUUGGUAAAGGUCAACAGAAUCUUCUGAAGAUAAUCUGAGUAAUCCAAACAGGACUUCAUAUCUAGCUGUUUUCAAAGACAAAAUUGAAAUCAAGCGCAGACUGUUGAAGGCUCAGGAGGAUCUUGUAAAAAAUUCUGGUGAUGAAGUUUCGAAAUUCAUGUUAUCUGCUAUGGAGUCGGAUGCCAGCUACUCAACUUUAUCUAAUGAAUCAAAUUCGGCAGAUGAAGAGAUGGAUCCAGUAAAGAACCAAAGUGAUCCGUUUCCAACUACUGCAAUAAACGAGAAAAAUGGCAUCAAAAAAGUUUAUCUCCAGAAACAUUGCAUUUCCUUGCACGCUCUUGCCAAGGAUCGACAAAAGAAAGAUAAUCAUAAUAUGAUUGAAAGAAGAAGAAGAUUUAAUAUAAAUGACAGAAUUAAGGAACUUGGUACAUUACUGCCACGACAAAAUGACCCAUAUUAUGAACUCGUUCGCGACCUCAGACAUAACAAGGGAACUAUUCUCAGAGCGUCUGUGGCUUACCUACGGUGCUUAAAAAAAGAUGCCGCAAGAAUUCCUGAUAUGGAAAAGAAGCAGCUCAUUCUAGAAAUUCAGAACAGAAAUCUCCAGCGUAAAGUUCAUGAAUUGGAGAACAAACUUCAAAAAUGUGGUGUACCAGUAAUUUCUAAUACCUCCACAUGCAGUUCACCUCUCGAUGAAUUGACUCUCAGCUUUAAAUCAGAACCUUGCACUGUGUUUUUAAAUGAAAAAAAUGGAUCUACACCACCAACUAGUCCUAGCUCAAGUGGAACAAGUCCUCAUCGAAACUAUGAUGAUCUCAUCGACGAAAAUGGACUCGUAGGUUCCAAUGAUGCACUACUGUGCACUUCACAAGAUCCUUUACUCUCAUCUUCUCAAGAAUUUUAUAUGACAUUCUAGACUUUUACAUCAAUUUCGUUCAAAAUAAAUGCCAUUUCAUAUAAA